AUGUCGUUCACCAACGUCUACUACAAGCGCGCAACAGCGACACCCAAAGCCUGCUUUGUCUGCUACAAGCCCACCACCACCGUCCUCGCCACCGCCAGCACCAUCGACUUUAUCUACGUCUGCACGACGCACCUCUCCGACCCGGGGUUCGCGACGCAGCUUGGCGAGAGCCGGGACGGCAUCGGCGCGAGCGCCGUGAAGAAGAUCGGGCUGAGCGCAGAGGAAAUUGCCAAGGUGAAGGAGGAAUGGGAGGAAAAGCAGCGUCUGAAGAAGGAGAAAGCAGAGCAGAAGAAGGACAAGGAUGCUGUCAAGGACGAGGGCACAGGCAAGGACAAGUCCCAGACGAAAGAUUCAGCUAAUACUCCAUCGCCCUCGACGCCCUCGGCUCCCACCCCCACGGCAGCGACCACCCCCUCGCACGAGCGAUACAGCCUGCACCGCGAUUUCUUCGCCAUGCGACUCGCUGAGCAUCGGAAGCGGCGACAGACCAAGCAGAUGCAGGAGCUCGCUCCGAGGUUGCCCGGCGCGCCUCGGAACCCGAUACCAUGACCGCCCGCAUGACUCCUAUCUCCGGGACUCCAAUCCACUCCCGCUGCUUCGCAUCCUCCACGCCUGCCCUCGCCGCAAAUCUGCGAAUUUAUUGACGCGACAUGUCCCGCAGUGGUAUUUCACUCAUCUACGAACGUGUAUCACGUGUACUACUUAUCGCAGUGGAUGCAGGAAGGGUACCUGUCACGAUUCUUUCCGAGAGACAAUAGCAUUAUCAUUGAAUAGAAUAUGCGUCAGUCCAGC